AAAGUUCGCGCGGUAAAACUCGCCAUCAGAUGAGAUCAGACCGUCGGCCAUUAACUUAAAUUAUGUAACGUAACGUUAAGGUUACAUCUAUCAGGAUAGCACAAAUGUUAGUCCAAUUAACUAAUUUUAUGCUAAAUGCCCAGAUUGCUUAAUGAAGAAACAUGAAAGAUCGUGUUGGAAAUCGAGCCGGUAUCCGCCUUGUGUGUGUCGAGAAGUUUGAAACUUUUCAUUUAAGUUACCUUAAGUUAAUAUCUCGGCUGACCUUGGGGUGUAUUUUUUAUGGAGUAAGUACGUUAAUGUAACAAAACGUGUGGCCUUACUUCAAAUCUAAGAUGUAUCAGGGCGUUCAGUUACCCCUGUGCCUCAUAUGUGGAUUGUAUUCAAAGGAUAUCCAGAAGCACCGUCAGGGCUUUCCGUCCUCUCUGAAGUUGUCUAACGGUUAUAUUUUACCUGAGGGCAAGAUGACGCCCAACACACUGUUCGUCGGCGGGAUUGACAUGAAGGUGGAUGAGAACGAGAUCAGAGAGUUCUUCGCCAAGUACGGGUCUGUAAAAGAAGUGAAAAUCAUCACUUAUCGAGGAGGAAUAUGCAAAGGGUACGGUUUUGUUUAUUUCAGUGAGGAUGUUGAUAUCCAGACUAUCGUUGAUCAGCCGAUCAGUUUUAAAGGGAAGAAGCUCAAACUGGGACCUGCCAUCAUGAAAGAGCGAAAUUCUCGUUCCGUGUGCUCUCCAAUGAUGGGUCCAUCGCAGUGGAUAAGCCCCAGCCCAUAUGUGUACUGCAGCUGCUGUCCCUCAGGCCUGGCCCCGCCCUCAGGCCUGGCCCCGCCCUCACCUGUCUUCAAUGGAGGGAAUCAGUACAUGCAGCCUUACACAUACUCCAGUCCUCCAGGAUUUAUUGUCCCACAGGUGCCCAUGAACUAUGCACAGACCACAUAUGCAUACCAGUAUCCCGUGCCACAGUGGUGUGGAGAGCAGAGGACGAGGCUUGUCAAUCAGAACUAUGUGGAUUGCGGAGUCCAGACUUUGCUAACCCUUCUGUAGCCUUCCGCACUAGCGCAGACUCCUUUUCUUGUGUAGAAUCUUAUUGAAGCAGAGGAGAACAACUUGAUGGAGAUCAAGCAAUGAACUUCAUUGUGCUUUCAAACACCUUUGCAGAUAGGGUCAGCCUGGGUGUGAGGUGAAGGUGUAUAUUGAGGGGAUGACCUUUCUGAUCAUACUGUAACCUAAUUCCUUGCACAUCCACAAACUGAAACAUUUGACAAGCAUGGUUUGCUUUGACUUAUUCCAUCCAUUUAUUUGUAUUGUCUGUGUUUUUCUUUUUGUCAUGGCCAACUAUCUUUAAAGACACUUUUAAGCUCACAAAUACAUAUUUAUAUUUUACGUUUGCUUAUUUUAAAGUUUUGACUCACUGUUGGUGAUGCACUGUAUGCAUCUAGGUAACUGUUCUGACUGUUCAGUCUGUUGUUUUAAACCAAUGUUCGUUUGUUUACUUAUUUAGGCUGGGGGGUGUUCACGGUUAAACUAGUUUUAUUUUGGGGUUUUCACAUUCAGGGCACAUGUUUGGUUAUUGAGCACCAGGGUACAGUGGCUUCCCUCACUUUUUUUUACACUAAAUCUGCUUUCAUCGGUCAUUAUCACUGUACUUCCAUAACUUCAUUAAUGCUUUUUUUUUUUUUUCUUUGUUGGUGCAGUUAAGAGAUUUAAAUAAGAUCAUUGCAUUAAUUCUAAAAUUAUAAUAAAAUUUUACUGAGCCCUGUAAGUCACAGCAGGUCACAGGAUGGUUGGCUUGUUAAAAAUUAUACCGAUGAUGGAAUAUUGAUAUCACUGUGAACACACUCAAGCUGCAUUUUUCUAUUUAUCCCAGCACUAUUUCACACCAGUUCACUGAGUUUUGUUUUAUAGGUUUGCAAUGUUCUGGGUAUUGAACUGAACACAAAGCUCUCUCAUUUAAUCCAGUGUUACAACACUGUUCCUAGAGGUUUGGUUCUUGUAGGGGGGCUUUGAUUUAUUAACUGUAGCUUAUUCAUUUAAUACUUUUAGAAACCAACUCUGACUGACUUGUAUUGAAGUGUUUUAUUUCCUCACUUCCCAUGGCUUCAUGGGAGUUGUGGUCUGUAUUGUACCAUAGUCUGAGAGCUUCUAAUCACUGUACUCCGGGUUUGCUUUGUGUAUAUAUAUUUUGGAUUUUGAUGUUGGCUUCUUUUUUUGUUAUUAAUAAAAUAAAAGUUGAAUAAACUUACUCUUGCUUUAA